AUGCCACGGGCCGGCGCGUGGGCGUCGGAAGCAUUGUCGCAACGUGCCCUUGUGGGAAGCAGCGCACUGCAGGCAAUGCAGAAUGAGCAGCCGCAUGUGGCCGGUUUGCAAGUGGAAGGUUUGCACGGAUGCGAAAUGCCGCGCUUGGUCGCCCUGCUGCAGAAGAUCUUGAAGGCGCUGGUGGCACGGGCGGCCGACAGCCUACCGCCCCCCUUCCAGGUGGCGGCUGGAAACGUUGCGGAGGAGGCCGAAAGCUUCCGGGACGCCUUUCGGGGCUUCCUGGAGAACUACUUCAUCGACGAGGAGCCGCCUCGGGCGCAUCCUCAAGCUCCGCGAGCCCUCGGAGGGAGCUGCGCUCUGCCUCCCGCGAGCGGCCCAGCACUCCCAAGGUGCAGCGGCAAGACUCCGGCUGGUGGCGCGCCACUGUGA